AUGGCCAUCGUUCCUCCUCCCAACGCUUCCGGCAUUCCUCCUCCCCCCAACCCCGUGGAUCCGAUCACGUACGAAGACAUUGCGGCAGCUCGCAAGUAUCUAGAGGACCUCUCAUGGACUCAAGCAAAUCCGGCACACCAAGCCCCUGCUACUGCAGACGUGGUUGGAAAGGCCGAGGCUUAUAGAUCCUCUCUAGUAUUUGCCGUUGACCAAGGACCAGCCGCCCCUGCGUGGCUUCAAGAGCUCACCGCCAGUAUCAACGCAAUCCGGGUGGAUAUAACGGCAAUGCGGGGGGACAUCAAUACGAUGCAGGCGAACGUCAAUACGAUGCAGGCGAACGUCAAUACGUUGCAGGCAAAUGUCACUACGAUGCAGGCGAACUUCAAUGCGAUGCAGGGGGAUGUCACCCGACUCCUCCACAGGUCUGACGAACAACCAGUCCUACUUGCGAACAGUCGGGCUGGCAACCGUGAGCCUCUGUAUGACCCUACUCAACUCCAAGGCAAUUGGGCUGCACCACUCGCCCGACCGCAACAUAGGGAUGAUUUGUUGACCAUGUCUGCUCAAGAUUGCAUUGCGGCUGCCACUGCAUUGGGGCUGCCACCCCUCCCUGCCGCAGGCACUACAGUUGUGGAGCGUCGCCGUCAAAUUGCAAGGAGGAUUGGUGUCAGGAUUGAUUAG